AAAGGUUGCAAUGUAAUCGGCCAACAGGAAAUAUUUUCCCACAUGGUUUCCUGAAAAACUAAAAACACAUAAAAAAAUACUGAUAUGAUAUCUAAUAUCUGUAUGUACCACUAAUUACAUACUAGCUUUGAAACUUUUGCAAACAUCCACAGUUUAGCCAUGCCCUAUUAAGGGUUAUCUAGAGGAAGUAUUAAUGGCAGCAACUGACACUGAGAGGCAGAACAUGGAACUAAUCUGCAAAUGGGGAUGUGAUGGCUCGAAAGCACAAGAAUUCAAAACAAAUGUUUGAAAACAAGUCUGAUUCCGAUGCCCAUGUUUUUAUAAGCUCAUUAGUGCCACUAAGGCUCACGAGCAAUGUGAAUGGCACAAUAAAGGUUUGGUGGCAAAAUCCGGCUCCUUCAUCAUCCCGAUUCUGCCGCCCUAUAAGGAUCUAGUUUGUGCAUGAAAGUAAUGAAUUGACUAAAUCCGAAAUAGAACACAUUGAAAACCAGGCACAAAAUAUAAUUCAUACAGAAGUUGAAGCCAACAACAACGUGACAAAAGUAUCGCACAAUCUUGUUCUAACAAUGGUAGAUGGCAAAGUGUGCAAUGCUGCCACUAAUACAACAUCGACCAUGAAGUGCUACUACAUAUGCAAGCAGACUAACAAAGAGUUCAAAUGCUGAAAACGGUUGAAGAACGUGCCAUAGAACCGAAUUCACUAAAAUGUGGACUUUCUAUUUUGCACACUCGAAUUGAUUUUUUAGAAACAUAUCCCCAUAUAGCAUAUAAACUGCCCCUUAAAAAAUGGAGAUUAAACACCGAAGAAAAGAAGAUUUCAGCUGAGAAGAAAAAGGAGAUUCAGAACGCAAUUCAGGACCAAUUGGGCUUGCUUGUACACUUGCCGAAAGCUGGAUUCGGUAAUACCAAUGAUGGUAAUACAUCAAGAAGUUUUUUGCUACUCCAGAAACCACUGCCAGAAUCACAGGCAUAGAUAUAGAGUUCCUCAAGAAGCUGAAAGUUAUUUAAGAAGUCUUAGCAAGUGGGUUCCCCCUUGACACAGGAAAGUUAUCUGUGUAUCUUCGAUCCACAGCGGAACUAUAUGUUCAUUUAUAUAACUGGCACCCCAUGACGCCCACUUUACAUAAAAUUUAAUGUCAUGGGGCUUUGGGCAUUGAGCAUGCUGUUCUACUGAUUGGCCAAUGAUCAGAAGAAGCGGCCGAGUCCCGUUUUGUUUUGCAGGGGUGGGGUUUUAAAACCGUCACAACUCCGGCGUUUUUGGAGCAAUCGUUUCGCGAUUUUCAACUAAUGGGCAAACUUUUACACCUUUUGGGCCCCCCAUACUCUAAACGCCCACACAGACAACUACCUUCCUAGAGCAAUCUAGGCCAUCCAGAUGGGUAGACCUCCGCCAGCAAAAACCACAGAAAAAAUCCCCACCCCGCUGCGACCGAUAGAACGGAAGAUAUAUUUUUUUUUAAUCUUGGCCGUCAUCUUGGUGGGCUAUUAUUAAUAUAAUCGCCCAUUACCAACUGCAUUAAGCAAGAAAAAUAAGGAAACAAAUAUUUUAUUGAUGACAGAUAACCGUGGACGUCAUGGAAAGCCACCAAAAAUUAACGAUAAUAUUAAAGAAGGAGCCAAGCAGUUCAUAGAUUCAAUACCCAAAAUUAAAUCUCACUAUACACGAGCCCAUUCAAGAAGAACCUUCAUUGAUGGAAGCAAAACUAUUUCUGAUCUGCACCACGAUUACGUCGAAAUCUGUAAGGAAAAGACAGUUCCUUUCAUCAACUAUGUAAUGUUCUACCGGAUUUUUACUCAAGAGCACAGCAUAUCAUUUAUUACACCAAAAAAAGAUAUGUGUGACGUAUGCGAAGCGUUUAAAAAUUUAUCACCCAAAGAAAAAAAGCUGAAAAGGACACUGAUGAAAAACAUCAUGAACAGAAGAGGCUAUCACGAUAAGAGAAAGAAAAAGACAAGAAGAACUGCCAGUAUGCGUAUAUGACUUGCAAGCAGUAUUUCAGUGUCCGAAAGGCGAGAUAUCCGUGUUUUACUACAAAUCCAUAUUGAAUGAACUCAAUCUCACAGUAUAUUACGUCCAGAAGAAUACUGUAGAAUGUUAUGUAUGGGAUGAAGCAAAUGCAAGCGGAGGUGUGAACGAAAUAGGUACGUGUGUAUUAAAGUAUCUCGAGCAGAUAUCAAAGUGUACCGAAGAUAUGAAUGUAGUAUUGUAUUCUGAUAAGUGUGCUGGCCAACAAAAAAACAAAUUUAUGGUGGCCAUGUACUAUUUCGCGGUUCUGAAAUUUUCCAAAUACAAAGUCAAUAACACACAAAUAUUUAAUCAGAGGACAUACCCAAAAUUGGAUUCGGCACACACACAAAUAGAAACCUAUGUACACGCCCAAUACAUUCAUCAGUGCUAUCAAAUCUGCUUUGAAGAUUUUUAUGACGGGAAGAAUGUACACACAUCAAAAAAAAAUUGCGAUCACUUUGAAAAAUAGAUGGUUUAUUUGUGUUACAGAACACUUUUUUAUUAUUUAUUUUUGUGAUAAGAUUCUAAAUUUUAAAAUUGUUUUUCCAUAUAAAAAGACAUGCAAUCCAAGCUGACACUCAUUCAGAAAUCUGACUUAGUCAAUAUUAUCGAAUUUAAAAUAUUUUUUCACGGAAAUUUGUGAUUUAAAAAAAUGCCACGAGGAUUAUCAGAUGUUUUACGAGCCAGAAUUGUUACUUUAAGGGAAAAAGGCUAUUCUACGAGAGGAAUAGCACGCAGAGUUGCCAUAUCCCAAUCCCGUGUAGUAACCACGUUGCAAAGGUACCACGGCAUGGAUAAUUUAGCUGAUCUACCCCGUAGCGGUCGCCCAACUGUUUUGACAGCUGCUCAGAAGCGCUACAUCAGGUUGCUGGUAGCCCGCGGCCCACAACAAUAAACGCCACUAAAUUAAAAUCAGAAAUACGAGCCGCCUCCGGACUUGAUGUUAGCACUCAGACCAUUCGGAUUUGGUCAUGGCGAGCACCUUUGAAUUCACGGGAACAUCAGCGACGGAGAUUACAGUGGGCUAGGCUCCGGCAAAACGGAGAAGACGAACAGGAAAACAUAUGGCAAAACUGCCUUUUUGUUGAAGAAUCGCGAAUCAGUACUCAUUCAGAUAGUCGACGUGUCCUUGUUUGGAGAAGACCUGGAGACUCUGAAAGGCAAAGAACGGCCACUGGAACGGUUCAGCAAGGCGGGAAAUCAGUGUCCGUUUGGGGUGGUAUUGUGAUUGGGGCUAGAAUGCCUUUAAUCCCUUAUCAAAGCUUCAUGACGGCAAACAGAUACAAAACAGUCGCUAUUGAUGGAAUCGUCAGACCUUUCCGAGUAAAGCGUCCAUUUGAAAUAUCAAAAAAAUUGUAUUUUUAAAUAAAAAAGAUGUAACGUAAACAUUUUUGAAUUUUGAAAAUAUAUCAGCUUUUGCAAGUGAUCUCAAUCUAAAAACAGAGAAAAACGUUCCAGUCAAAAUCAGUGAAGUAAAGAUGAUAAAAGUCAAUUUAUUAAAAUAAACUAAUACGCAGAGGAGGAGUUUAAAACAGCUAUAGUCAUAAAGAGGAAAAAACAUUGAUAUUGAGGUUAAAAAAGCCUACACAACUAAACCCGGAACAGCUGAAAGAAAGAAGGCUGAUAUAAUGGAACUGAUGAACAAAAACCAUAUUCCAAGGUACUGCAAACUUUUUUACGAAUCUUUGUAUUAAUCAGAUUUUACCUACCACCUCAGUUUCUUCUCAAGCAGGUGUUAAAAGAAAAAAAAAGACGACACCGACAAAGCAAUAAUAGAGAUAUUAUCUCAACACGAAGAUAGACAUUUGUCAUUUUUUUCGAGGAGUUUUGUCUUCAUUGCAAAAUUUUGAUGAAGCAAAAACAAGACGAUUUCAAAUAUCAGUUCUACAAAUUAUUGAUAAUCUUGAUAAUAAUCUUCCAGCAUUGCCAUCUUAUCAAUAUCCACCAUAUAAUUAUAGUCAAGAAAAUAUCGGCUAUCGUACCUAUUCUACUUCUGAAAGCAAUACUACCCAAAGUCCACAAAAUAUUCAAUCAGUUUCUUCAGUCAAUACUAAUUUGUCAGAUGAUGUGUAUUUUCAAUAAAGUAACAUUUUCAAUAUUACCACUUGUUUCAUUAACACCUGACGCAAAAACUGGGGUGCCCCCUAUGUGUAUGUGUGUGUGAGUGAGUGUCUAUGUUCGUACGUGCGUGCGUACGUGCGUGCGAGUUAUUAAAAGAAACUUACAUACCUUAAUGUCACUGCCAACAUUUCCUCUGGUGAUAUGGGAUCUCGCAUAUUAGUAUGUUGUUUUUGAAGAGCAGUUUCUGUUUUUCUUAAAAGUUCUAAAUAACUACAUACGGACAUUCGAAAAUAAUUAAAGAACUUUUCUUCAUCCUUCUUUAACUCAUUAAUAAGGGUAACAAAUAAUCCAUAACGAUCUCUUUCCGCAAUCAGUGGAUGUAUCCAGAAUCUAUUAGGCCUUCUUUUUUUAAUUCUUCUGUGAAGGAAGUAUAAUGCAACAGCUCGUUUCUGGUGUGUCCAUGACGGUCUGAAACUCAACUGAUCGUUAAACCGCCCGUCUUGCAACUACCUGUCUUGCGAUUAUCAACCGCCAAGUUUGCGAGCAAUAAUCGCAACCGCGACGGCUGCGUAGCCGCACAAAACUCCGAUCUCGUGAGUUUUGAAAAUAAAACUCCAUUCCGCCACCGCGGCGGGCACGGGUGAAAACCGCUUCGUGAGUCCUUAGCCAUACUGGGAAAAAAAGACCAGUUUUUGGCAGCCCAAAGUAUUAUUCAUGUCCCCGAAUGUGGGCAGGCUGUGCUGUGGUGUUUAUAAUUGGUAUUAGUCUCCAUAAAAUCAGCUGUUUUGCAGUCAUUUCGCCAAAGUGAUUGUCUCCAAGGACGCCUUGAACAGCCGCGCCUGUGGCUCGAAUUGUGACGGCACCGUAGCAACCUUGACGGACGUGUUCAAUAAUGAAAUUGACAUUUGAAAUUUGUUGUGUUUUUAUAAUUUUUAUGUUUACUUUGAAUGUUUUUUUUAAUAGUUUAUAGUGUCAUUUUCAUUUUAGUAUUUUCGUCUUGACGCUCUUUCUAGCUGCAUGUCGGCAAAUUCCGUCCCUGGCAGUGACGACACACAACUAAUACAAUGUCCUAAAUGCACACAACCCCGGUUUUUAAAGGUAUCCGGGGCUGAAAUAUACACAUUGGCAGGCAUCAUAAAUCUUCUGCCUCUGUGCCAGCAGUUUCUCCAUCUGUAAAUUCAGGUAACGAACCACUUUGCCAAACUCUUGGUAAUCUAAAAAAUACAGUUCCAGUUAUAAAAGAAUACCUCGUUCUGCACGGCCCUCAGUCGCUGUUUCUUUAUCACAAUGUAUCGAACAUGUUCUUAGAGUAAACACGCCUGAGAGUUGGACAGAACAUGUAUAAUUUUCCUAUAGAAUUUUACAUACUAGUGCAAAUAGUACUAGUUCAUCACUUACACAAAAAAUAAAGGAGAACUGCCGCCUAAAUCCUUCUGUGAAUUCUUUAGUCAUUCCUCCCUCUCGGCCUCCAAUUUCUAACAAUUCUAUAAAACUAAUUGAAUAUAUAUGUACAGAAAAUUAAAAACAUUUUAUUUCAAAAAAGGACUUAUAGCUUACAUAAGUAUAAAAACUUAUUAAAACCUUUUAUAAUUACUUGCCCAGAUGGCUAUAUUAUAGAUAUAUGUGGACCAUACGCUGCAACAAAAACUGAUGCCCAAAUCAUGAGUGAGAUUAUGAAUGAUGAAACGUCGCCAGUGCACAUAAUAUUAGAAACAGAUGACGUUUUUAUAUUAGAUAGAGGUUUCAGGGACUCUAUACCAGAUAUAGAAA